AUGAGGAAGGAGUUUGGAGGGUUGGGGGUUAAGAGGCUGAGGGAGUUUAACAUUGCUUUGUUGGGUAAAUGGUGUUGGAGGUUGUUGUUGGAGAGGGAUGCUUUGUGGAGAAAGGUGUUAGUGGCUAGGUAUGGUGUGGAGGAUGGCGGUUUGGAGGAUGGGGGCCGGAGUUAUUCUUCGUGGUGGAGGGAGAUUGUGAGGAUUAGAGAUGGGAUAGGUGAGGGUGGAGAGGGAUGGUUUGGGUCUUGUGUUAGGAGGAGAGUGGGAGAUGGGGCAGAUACUGAUUUUUGGCGUGAUUGUUGGUGUGGAGAUGUUCCUCUUUGUGUCCGGUUUCCGCGCCUUUUUGGCUUGUCUGUUCACAAUUCAAUCUCAGUUAGGAAUAUGUUCCUGCUGGGGGUGGAUGUGGGCGGGGAGGCGUUGCGGUGGCGUAGGCGGUUGUGGGCUUGGGAGGAGGAGUUGGUCCCUCUCAAAGUAUCUAUCCUUGCUUGGCGACUACUGAGGGAUCGGUUACCUACAAAACUUAAUUUGGCAACUCGUGGCAUUCUAUCUGGGGAUGAGCGGUUAUGCGUUGCUGGAUGUGGGAUUGUCGAAGAUGUUACUCAUUUGUUUUUGUCUUGUGCAACUUUUGGUGCAUUAUGGCCGAUGGUGCGGCAUUGGUUAGGAGUGGUUGUUCGAGAGGGCGACGGUCUUUCUUCCACUUGA